GUUUGGGAGGGCGCCCCGCGUCCGAGAGGUGAGCCGGGCCCUGACGCCGCGCGGGUUCCGCGUCGCCGCUGCCGCGCCAUGGCGGAGACCAAAAUCAUCUACCACAUGGACGAGGAGGAGACGCCGUACCUGGUCAAGCUGCCCGUAGCUCCCGAGCGCGUCACGCUGGCGGACUUCAAGAACGUGCUCAGCAACCGGCCGGUGCACGCCUACAAAUUCUUCUUCAAGUCUAUGGACCAGGACUUCGGGGUGGUGAAGGAGGAGAUCUUCGAUGACAAUGCCAAGUUGCCCUGCUUCAACGGCCGGGUGGUUUCCUGGCUGGUCCUGGCUGAGGGCGCUCACUCGGAUGCAGGAUCCCAGGGCACUGACAGCCACACGGAUCUGCCCCCACCCCUUGAGAGGACAGGUGGCAUUGGGGACUCCAGACCCCCCUCCUUCCAUCCAAAUGUUGCCAGUAGCCGUGAUGGAAUGGACAAUGAGACAGGCACAGAAUCCAUGGUCAGUCACCGGCGGGAGCGAGCCCGACGUCGAAACCGUGAUGAGGCUACCCGGACCAAUGGGCACCUGAGAGGGGAUCGGCGUCGGGACCUGGGACUGCCUCCAGAUAGUACAUCCACUGUCCUGAGCAGUGAGCUUGAAUCCAGCAGCUUUAUUGACUCAGAUGAGGAAGACAAUACAAGCCGACUGAGCAGCUCUACAGAGCAGAGCACCUCCUCUCGGCUAAUUCGCAAGCACAAAUGCCGCCGGCGGAAGCAGCGCUUGAGGCAGACAGACCGGGCGUCCUCCUUCAGCAGCAUCACUGACUCCACCAUGUCCCUGAACAUCAUCACUGUCACUCUCAACAUGGAGAGGCACCACUUCCUGGGCAUUAGCAUCGUGGGUCAGAGCAACGACCGGGGUGAUGGCGGCAUCUACAUUGGAUCCAUCAUGAAGGGCGGGGCCGUGGCUGCUGAUGGCCGCAUUGAGCCAGGCGACAUGCUGCUGCAGGUGAAUGAUGUCAACUUUGAGAACAUGAGCAAUGAUGACGCUGUGCGGGUGCUUCGGGAGAUCGUGUCCCAGACGGGGCCCAUCAGCCUCACAGUGGCCAAGUGCUGGGACCCAACCCCUCGGAGCUACUUCACCAUCCCAAGGGCUGACCCAGUGCGACCCAUCGACCCAGCUGCCUGGCUGUCCCACACAGCAGCCCUGACGGGUGCUCUGCCCCGCUAUGGUACGAGUCCCUGCUCCAGCGCCAUCACACGUACCAGCUCUUCCUCACUAACCAGCUCAGUCCCUGGCGCCCCACAGCUUGAGGAGGCACCACUGACAGUGAAGAGUGACAUGGGUGCCAUCGUCCGGGUUAUGCAGUUGCCAGACUCAGGACUGGAGAUCCGGGACCGUAUGUGGCUUAAGAUCACCAUCGCCAAUGCUGUCAUUGGGGCGGAUGUGGUGGACUGGCUGUACACACACGUGGAGGGCUUCAAGGAGCGAAGGGAGGCGAGGAAGUAUGCCAGCAGUAUGCUGAAACACGGCUUCCUGCGGCACACGGUCAACAAGAUCACCUUCUCUGAACAAUGCUACUAUGUUUUUGGUGACCUGUGCAGUAACCUCGCAUCCCUGAACCUCAACAGUGGCUCCAGUGGAGCCUCAGAUCAGGACACACUGGCCCCACUGCCCCACCCAUCAGUACCCUGGCCCUUGGGUCAAGGCUACCCCUACCAGUACCCGGGCCCCCCGCCCUGCUUCCCACCUGCCUACCAGGACCCUGGCUUCAGCUAUGGCAGUGGCAGUGCUGGGAGUCAGCAGAGUGAAGGGAGCAAGAGCAGCGGGUCCACAAGGAGCAGCCAUCGGACCCCAGGCCGAGAGGAACGCCGGGCAGCUGGAGCUGGGGGUAGUGGCAGUGAAUCAGACCACACAGUACCAAGUGGGUCUGGUAGCACCGGCUGGUGGGAGCGUCCUGUCAGCCAGCUUAGCCGUGGCAGUAGCCCUCGAAGUCAGGCCUCAGCUGUAGCCCCAGGGCUCCCCCCACUGCACCCCCUUACAAAGGCCUAUGCAGUUGUGGGUGGGCCACCCGGAGGGCCACCCGUCCGGGAGCUGGCUGCUGUUCCUCCAGAACUUACAGGUAGCCGCCAGUCCUUCCAAAAGGCCAUGGGAAACCCCUGUGAGUUCUUUGUGGAUAUCAUGUGAUGGUCAGCCAGUGUCUUCAGUGCUGCCUGUGGCGAGUCUGUGGCCCUGC